AUGGCCCCACCAAAGAAAACCGCUGCCGCCGCCCCAACUCCAGCUGGAGAGAAAGCUCCAAAGGUACCAAAGGCUGCCAAGACUCCAGCCGCCGAAGGUGAGAAGAAAAAGAAGAAGAAGAAGGCCGACUACACCUCCUUCUCUAUCUACAUCCACAAGCUCUUGAAGCAAAUCGUUCCAACCAACCCUCCAUCAGGUGAUGCUCACAAGAAGAUCACCAUCUCAUCCAAGGCCAUGAAUGUCAUGAACUCCUUUGUCCACGAUAUCUUUGAGCGAAUCGCAACUGAAGCCGGUAUCUUGGCCCGUAAGAAGAAGAGAUCCACUCUCCACUCCAGAGAUAUCCAAGUCGCUGUUCGUAUCACUUUGACUGGUGAGCUCGCCAAGCAUGCCAUCGUCCAAGGUAUGACUGCCGUACACAAGUACAAUCCAAACUCUGAAGCUCCAAAGAACUAA